UGAAUAUACAACAACUGAAAGAAGCUUCAAUUACUCUUAGAAAGGAUCAGUCUACACAAUAUAUGGAUCCACCAAAAGGACCAGUUUAUGUAGCUAUUAUUGACUGGGAGGCAAGGAAUAGUACUCAGCUUUCAAUCAUAAAAGGAGAGAAACUUGAGAUCAAGAAAGAGUGUACUAAUGGAUGGUGGCUAGCAAGAUCAUUAGAUACUGAUCAUGAAGGAUUUGUUUAUAUUAAUCAUAUUAAAAAAGAUGAAGAGAGUGAACUGUCAACAUUGGAAUCACUUGAACUAUUUCAUUAUGCAAUGACAGAAAAUGUUGACAUACCUAUAAUCAAGGAAAUUAAGAUGAGGAGCAACGUUGAGAGAGCAAGUCUCUUUUUAUCAUUAAUUAAACAAGAUUCAGUUCUGCUAGAUCAACUUAGGAAAAAAGAAGAUGGAAAACCUAAAGCAAUUAGGUGGUAUGAUGAUGGUGUUGAACUGACCUCUCCAUCUUUAAUACAAUGUCAAGAAGUAGUUUCUCUAUUAACAUACAAACAUAGGAGCAUUGUCAUCAAGGAAUCAUCUCCUGACAUUGUGUGUGAUCUGUUGCCAGUUUUAUUACAAAAUGAAAAGGUGAAACAUUUGACAAUAGAAGACACUCAACUAACACAGGACUGCAUCUCAUCCUUAUGUAACUUACUGGCUAAUAAUAAAUCAUUAUUAGAUUUAUUUUUUACUAACUGUUCCAUUGAUGACAAAGCAGUUGCUGAUAUUACAAACGUACUACAUACACACAAUAACACACUUUUAGGAUUAGUCUUCUUUAAUAAUCCUCGUAUUACUUCAGUUAGUGCUCAGUCUCUUUCUGAACUAAUUAUCAACAAUUCAACAUUAACUAAAUUAGAAGUAAGAGGCACUUCAGUAUCAUCUGAUGGAAUAUUACUAAUUCUUCAAUCUUUAACAAUUAAUAAAAAUAUAAAGCUCUUUCUAAGUAUGAAAGACAAAGACACAUGCACAGAAUACCAUGACUAUAACACUCUAAAAGAUAGAUUAAUAUUUAUGUAAUUAAUUAAUAAUAAUUGUAUUUCGCUUUUUUAUUGACGAUGCUGACUCAUCAAUUAUAUCAUAAUAAUUAAUUUAAACACAAAAUAAUUAACGAAGUGAUUUAUGAUAAACACGUACAAAAACAAGUAAAUACAAAAUAAUAAUAAUAAUAAUAAUAAUAAUAAUAAUAAUAAUAAUAAUUGCGUUCACCCAUUUUAAUAAUAAAUUAUUAUUGCAAUCAAAGACAAUUAAAAUAAAAUAGAAGAGAAUAGUACAACCAGCUUAUUGGGCAAGCAGUACAUGUGUCAGUUGUUAUUAAAAUAAUAAUAAUAAUAAUAAUAAUAAUCAUUAAUUUAUUAUCUUAUUAUAACUGAACUAUUAUGAUGGUCCUUUGUCCCCUCCCCCUCCUCCACAGCAUCCUCCCUUAGCACUUGGUGUAUCAGUCUGUCUUAAGAGAGAGGCACCAGCUGGUAAACUAGUUAAACAAUCUG